AAGCGUCCCACUUCGCAUCUCCGGGGGUUGUUUAUACUCCACCCAGGAACUACAGGGGCAGGGACGGAUAGUUGGAGACGCGCAUACAGCGUUAUAGUCAGAUACGUUGCUACUAUUAUUUUGCUCUCUCCAAAAUCAUUAGAGUUAUCCUUAUACAUUAACACUACCUCCACCUGUCUCUUCUUCUCGUGCAUACUGGCUAUUAAAGGCUCUUCAGCUUCUAUACAAACUGAGGAGGUGUGCUAUAGCAGCAGGUGGCAGUUUCCAUCUAAUUACCCUUACCUUAUAGUGGACCAAUAUACUUCAAUCAAAGUAAUGGGGGAUCUGUGAAAGUUGUAAUUAAAGAUGGGAAGGCAACAGACGCACGCUUCAGAGUCUCUCUUGGCUCAAAUUAUCUUACUGACAUCUUUCUGACAGAAAGAGAUAAAGGAAUUUAUUUGGCGUCAUCUGGUGGCCAUCAGUGACACAAUGUUGUUGAACUGAAAGUCUUGGAAUCUGCCAAAAAGGUCACGAGGGAUUACUACUAUACUUGGGAGUACUGUAUCCCUAGACAGGCUGAAAUCCUGGAGUUUAUUCCCCUUCACAGUCUGGACCAGCCAAAGAUCCUGUGGAAUCGCACAGACUCUCAGAUCAGACAAAGCAGGGCAUGGGUGGAAAAACAUAAAUGAGAGCUAUCUUAUCUCACUCAGGCAGACAGUGGCUGCUACAACUUGACCAGGGUGCAGCACAAGGUGAUGUGAAAUUUCUGCAUUUUACCAGAUUAAAUGUUCCUAUGAAGUCUGAUCUGUGUCACUAACAGAACUAACACUUUACUUGAAUGCAAAGACAAAUGAGCACUUCGUCGUUCCAUAGCCUCAGGCCAUUAAGAUGUGGGCUGUGACUUUUACGCCUCAAGGGGAAAUGGAACCCAGAACACUGAUGAAUGGCAGUCUGAUCAUAAAAGAUAAUUGGUUCUUUGACAGAAUUUGGACAGUCAUGGAUGGCAUAGAAAUGAAUGCUGUAGAAACAAUAGACUCUGGCACCUUGGAGUUCAGAGACCCAGAAGGCGACCUGGCCUUGAGUGCACAGCUUAACGCGAAUCGAGCAUUUAUUUCAGAGAGUACAUUACUCCCUGUUAUUGGCUUGGUUGCCAUCAUUGUGAUCAUCUGCAUUUGCUGGUGUUGUAAAAUGAACUGCAAGUCUUCUCCUCAGACUCAGACUGAAGGCUCACCUGAGCCUAAUGUAUAUUGUCAUGAUCAGGAUCAACCUACAGGUCAGCGUUAUUCUGGUGAACCACCUCCUCCAUAUUGGUCCUGUCAGCCCAUGAAUUUUCAUGUUCCUGAACAACCUACGGGUACCUCGUCUGAGCCACCGGCAUAUCAUGAAGUAAGUAUCCAUGUGAACCCAUUUGAGCCUGAGGUUGCACUUCCAGGCAGGUGGAAUUCCACUCCACAUCCCCCAGUCAGCUCAGACCCCCUGCUCUCAACCCUGGAACCACACUUUGAUCUGGAAGGAGUAACAGUUCCCUCUGCACCUUCUCUUAGUUCAGAGUUUUAGAGCUUAAGUUCAGAUGUUGUUUUUUGCACUCAAACUGACAGAUAUUUUAACUAUUAUAAAUUAUUCUCUGUUAUCUGUGGUUUGUUCCUCCAAUGUUAAACAUGCAGCAGUCUACCCCCUUAAAAAACAGAAAAACAAAAACAACAUAUAUAAAUUCUUCUUGACCUCACCUAAACCCUCAGAUCAUGUUGUAUGUGUUAAACAGGUAAUCUUCUGUACGGAUUGACAAAGUUUUAUCUUCUUAUGCUCCUCUCUCUUCUGGAGUCCCACAGGGUUCCACUUUGGGUCCCCUUUGAUUUGCAACUGCUGUAUGCUACAUGCUAACUCUUGGGCACAUCUUGGCCUGACAUGUUCAAGAUCGUCACUUCCCUGCAGAUAAUACACAACAAACUCAAUAUACGAGACGUCAUAACAGGAUAUGAUGUCCAAUCUGGAAGGAAGGAACUGGAUGUCCAAAUUUUUUUCUGAAACUGAAUAAUGGAAUUUAUUGUAUUUACACCCUCUCCACCCAGCACAAACUUUUUGUUUUUGACUCCAAUUUCUCUUUUGAUUUGCACGUGUCUAAAGUUAUACAGUUGUUUUUUUAUUCAUCUUAGACAGAUAUCUGUCUAAGCUGAAUAAGCUGCUCUAAGCUGCUCAUUCCAAAUCAGAAAAGGUUAUUCGUGUUUGUAUUUCUUCCAGAUUUGGCUGCUGUCAUGCUGUUAACUCAUACAGCAUUCAUCAUAACAUCCUCAGACUUCAAAAUGCUGCUGCAGGCUUUUAAUAUAUAGAAAAAUAAGCAGUAACGUUACACCAGUCCUCACAUGCUUCCACUGGCUACCUUUUAGUUGUAGAACUAAUAUGAAGAUUUUAUUGGUGGUUUUUAAGGCCUUAUACACUCCUGUCUAUAUCUGCUGCUGAUGCCAUGUGACCCUGGCUGUUGCCUGAGAUCUUCCACCAUGGCCUUGGUUAGUGUUGACUUGCCUGUCCACUAAAUGCGAUUAAGCCUUUCCAACUUACGACCCAUUGAAGAUCUCAGGCAGGCAAACUUUGAAACCUUUUAAAUGUCUUUCUUAAAAUUGAUUUUUAUCAUCUGACUUUUUAAAAAUGUUUCUGUCUUUUAAUUGUGGGACUGUAUGCAAUCCCUUGUUUCCAUUGAAUUUAAUAUUGUAUUUAUUUCCACUGAAAUAGUUUUGAAUUGCUUUUUUUUUUUUGUUUAGCACUUUUUAAACUUUAAACAUAAAAUAUUAUUGAAAUAUAAAUGAAUGUUAAAUAUAUAAUAAAGGAUAAUGUUACCACCUUUACCAAUUACCAUAAACUACUUUAAAUUAUUGUUUUAUAUCUCUAUCUGUGCCUCCUGCUCCAUGUAUCACUUCUUUGAAGGUUUUAUUAUUACCUUUUGAGGAAGGAUGGGGUAUUUUUUUUGAAGAAUAGCUUUUAUGUUUUUUUAUUAAAAAAAAAACCUGCACAUCUAAAUGCAAUGCAAGUAUUACUCUCACUGUAUAUUUUUGUAUGUAAGUUGGAACUUUUAUAACCUUUUUGUGAAAACUGAAAAAGUUUUGAGGCACUUGUUUUGUGUCAAAUUGUGAUAAUUUUCUAUGGUCUAAAUCUGUUAUUUAAAAAUGCACAUCUAAAUGCAAUGCAAGUAUUAUCCUCACUGUAUUUUUUAUAGAUUUUGUAAGCUGGAACUUUUAUAACCUUUUUGUGUUACUUUGACAGAAAUGCUUUGUUCAUAAAAUACAUGUCAAAAUCUG